UGUCAUUUUUCCCGGUAAAACCAUAUGAUUCUUGGAAGCUUAGGAAGAUCUGUUAACGUAUUUUCGGUAUAUCUGAAGUGUUUUCGAUUUAUUCGAUCUUCGAAAGUUUUAUAUAAAAAUAGUCAUAUCAGCUCAAUAAUGCCUCCAAAAAGGAAAGCUGCUAAAGUUGAAGUAGAAAUUGAAUCCGUUGCCGAACAGGAACCCGUAAAAUCUAAACGAGGGAAAAAAGCUAAAGAGGUUGUUGAAGCAAAUGGGGUAGAUAAUGAAAUAACUGAAGAAGGUCCAAAAAGGAGUACAAGAGUGAAGAAAACUGUUGCGAAUUACACAGAAGAGAAAGAGGUUAAGGAACCCAAACCGGAUAAACCGAAACGAGUGGUUAAGAAAAAGGCAGCCAAAGAGGAAGCUGAUCCGAAAAAAGAAGAGGAACCAAUAGAAGAACCUUCGAAUGAAGAUUCAUCUGAACUUCCAGAAGACACGAAACCCGCCAAGAAGACGAAAAAAACCUCUGGUAAGGAGAAAGCCACCAAGAAAACGAAAAAGGCAGUGGGAGAACCGGCGGAACCGAAAACGAGUAAAAGAACUAAAAAAGCUCCAGUAGAAGUGGAAGCCGAGGAGAAUAACGAGGAGGAAGAAAAAGUAUCUGAAAAGAAGACGAAGAGGGGAGGGAAAACUAAAAAAACGCAGGAAAAGAGCGAAAACGGAAACGUAGAGAAAAAACCGAAAGUUUUGCAAAAUAAAACUACGACCGAUUGGAAAUCGAUCGAUUUUGGUUGUUCCAAAAAAAAUUCUUACGAAGUACCCCACAAUCUCAUAGUGAGUACAUGGAAUAUAGGAGGACUCAAAAGUUGGGUUAAUAAGGGAUGUCAGGAAUAUUUGACCCACGAAAGUCCGGAUAUAUUUUGUGUUCAGGAAACGAAAUGUAGCGAAGCAAAGCUACCGGACGAAAUAAAAAAUUUGAAUCUCUACAAACAAUAUUGGUGCGGUAGUAAAAAGGAAGGUUACGCGGGGGUCGGUAUUUUCACAAUAACCGAACCGAAAAACGUAACGUACGGUAUCGGCGACGAAACCCAAGACGAAGACGCCCGAUGUAUCACGGCCGAAUACGACAAUUUUUAUUUAGUUAACGUAUACGUACCGAAUUCCGGUCGCAAAUUGGUGACGUUACCGAAACGAUUGGAAUGGAACGAUCUGUUUGUCGAUUAUAUAAAAAAAUUGGACGAAAAGAAACCGGUGAUCAUUUGCGGCGACAUGAACGUAUCUCACAAAGAAAUAGAUUUGGCCAGACCGCAAAAUAAUACGAAAAACGCCGGUUUCACACCCGAGGAACGGAAGGGUAUGACGGAAUUUUUGAAAGAGGGCUUCGUCGACGUCUACAGACACUUCUAUCCCGACGAGAAGGACGUUUAUUCCUUUUGGACGUACAUGGCGAACGCCAGGUCGAAAAAUAUCGGAUGGUUAGUUUAUUUCGUCAUCCGAAAAAAAUUCUCAAGUUUAUCGAUUUUUUUUUGUUUUCGCAGGAGAUUGGAUUAUUUCGUCGUUUCCGAAAGGUUGAUCAAAGGAGUUUGCGAUAUUAAAUAUAGAACGGAAGUUUUGGGAUCGGAUCAUUGUCCUGUAACGCUUUUUAUAAACGUCUGAUUCGUUUUUGCUUCUAAAUUUGACCAUAGAUUUUAUCUAAUACUAAUUUGUUUUCGUCUAUUCCGUUUUUUUUUUGUAUAUAUCUUCAUCCUUUCCUUGCAGGUUUUCUAAAAAUUUUUAUCGCCUCGUUCGUUUUGUUGUUCCAUUUCACUUUCAUUUUCUUUAGUUGCGUAUUUUUUUUUCAUAUUUUUCAACAGUUUUUUCAUCGACAUCAAUUCCAAAUAUAUUGUCCUUCAAUUCACUUUCUUCCAUUCCCUUUUGAUUUUCUUCAUCCUAAAUCGAAUUAUCUACACGAUUUGAAUCUUUUUCCUCUUCUGCUUUGUCUUUAUCUCAUUUUGUCCGACGAUAUAUGUUUCUUCGACAUCAGUUCCAAAUAUAUUGUCCUUCAAUUUCUUUGUCUCUUUUUCUAUUUAUUUCAUAUAAAUUCCAAAUAUAUUGUCCUUCAAUUCAUUUUCUUCGAUUUCCUUUUGGUCCCUUCUUUAUCUUCAAUCCUAUUUUUCCCUGCAAUUUUCCAUUGAUUUUUGAAAUUCUGUUGGUGGGUUACAACCAAUAAUUGUCUCUUUUCACAUUUCCACGAUUUCUUUGAUGUAAAUUUCAAAUUUAUUGUCUUUCAAUUCAUUUCCUUUCUAAUUUUUCCAUCCUAACCCAAAUUAUAUUUCCUGUUUUGCUUCGUUUUCAAUUCUUCAUCAAGCAUUGUUUUUACUUCCAUAUUUUCUUCAAUUUUAUAAGAAAUUUUUUGCAAGCAUUGAUUCCAUCGGAAAACUCCUUCAUUUCUUCCUAUGAUCCAACCAAAUCUGUACCUAAUUUUUUUAUUAAUUGAAUAAAGUUUUUUCCUCGUAUUUAAAUCUGUAAUUUUCACAACUAAACGUUUUAUUAAAAGACUCGUUGAUACAAAACAACAACGUAUUACAAUUUUUUUUAUUUUGUACAUUUUUCACAAUAAAUAUACUUACAUCAA